AACCUCCCGCUAGACCUAAUGGCAUCAUCACUCGCUAUACAGUCAUGUAUCAGAAGGACUCGUCUCUGCCCGAAGAGAGCUGGGAGUAUGAACAGAAAGAUGGUUCUAUGCAUCAGUCUACCAUUGAGAGUCUGACUAGUGAUACCAAGUAUUACUUCAAGGUGAGAGCGGGUACCCAGGCUGGUGAUGGACCACCUACAGACGCUGUAGCUGCUCAAACUCUUCCGGUCAACAUCAAUAAACCUCCUCCAUCAGGCACCCUAAAGCAAGGCAUUCUCAUAGGAGUCUGUCUAUCUAUGGUGUGUAUUUGUAUCUGCACUGCUCUCAUCACAUACAGAUUCAGGCAUGUGUGCUGGCGGAGAAGAGCUCGCCCUGAUCAGUGUAGCUGUAGAACAGCAGCAAACGGCGGUCCCUGCGUCCACUACCAUUCUAAUGGUAACUCACAGCGUGUCUACAUGUCAGUACCCAACGCCGAUGAGAUGGGCGAUACCAAUCUACCUGUUCUCACACAAUAUGAGAACACUAAGGAGGGCACACCACCUCAUCCUCAGAAUGGGUAUGGUCCUAAUUGGAACCACACCCAUUGCAAUGGCCACGCCCCUAUCAUGAAUGGGCAUGGUCCUCCCGGAGGCAAUGGGUAUGGGCCUCUGACGGGCAAUGGGCAGCAUGGACCACCUAGGGCAAACGGCCACGGACCGCCCUUGGGAAACGGACACGGUCCUCCCUUGGGGAACGGCCACGGGCCACCGAGGGCAAAUGGUCAUGGGCCGCCCAGAAUGAACGGCCAGCCAGGAGGACUGGUGGGCUGGCAGAAGAGAGAGGGCUACUGGCCCCACCUGCCCCCUGAGAGAUUACAGGGGUGUGUAGAAGAAGCAGCGUCCCAUAGUGGGAGCUCAGCGCAUGGAUCGGGUCUCCUCCAUCACUCUCAGGAAUAUAAUAGUCAGGAGAUGCCACAAUUGGGUACUGAGCAUCAAGAAAUUGUAAUCCCGUCAAAUUCAUCUACCUCACAGCUUGAACUCUCGGGAACAAAGUCUGUAACCUCUUUACAAUCAACUGCUUCAUGGCAAGCUAACAGUGAGAAGAACAGCAGUCAAGAUAGUAUCACUCAUCUACCUCCCACCGUCUCUAAAGUGUCUGCCAGUAUUAUACCCCCUACCCAGGGACAUUGUCAUAUCUCAGGAGUUCAUAGCCCUGGGACGGGGGUACCUCCUGACGGUGGUGGGAUAGCCACGCCCUGUCAGACACCUACCAGCCACAGAUUACCUCCAGCACGUCGCGUGGAUCCUCAACGGGUAUUAGCACAGGGUCACCACGUAGCGCCUGUCAGCUGUGGCAGGGGAUCUCCUCCCAGCGGGGCUCAGGACCCGCACAGUGUCGAUCCUUGGGAGAGAUGGACCCCGCCCCCGUCAGAGGUGUCGUCGUCGUCAUGUCCAGAGGAGGCUGAAAAACACGCCAGCGAAGCGAGACCAAUCGAACCAAACAGGACAAUCACAACCUGUACGGUGUGAUCUUGGGUCAUGUAAUCCUCCAAACUAUUUACCUCCACGUGUGAUGAAGCCCGGCUCGAGUCAUCUCUACUGUCUAUGCCCGAUUCCUAAAGGAAACCAACUCAGCAUUGUUUGUGAUCAUCUAUCUCUCACCUCCUCCUCAUCUUUGAAACGUCUUCUUCUUCUUCUCCGUGCUGUCGCGCUGACUGCGAUCAUUCCUCGUUCCCCACCAGCAGACAGAGGGAGCUCACAUGAAGACGGGUAUAAAACAUUUCAGGAGUCCCUGUGUCUGUGCUUCAACCCCUAGGGGGCGGGCUUCAUCACCCAUCGCUCAGUUCCAAUGUACUCUUGAAUCAAUGCUCUAGAAGCUCACUGUCUCAAUGAUCCCUCAAUGAUCAGGGCUCUAUCUACUGUGAGCAAACUGGACAAUCUCUACAGCUUUCUCUCCAUCUGUCCAACUGAGUCUAUUAAACAAAGAGACAACGGUCGGUCGGUCGGUGUGGAGUGAGUUUAUAUUCUUCAAGACGCCCUCCAACGUAGAAGAUUAAGAGACUUUUUUUGUUAUGUUUGCCUAUCUCAGGGAUAUUACCUUAUGUGUCUAAGAACCUCUCUUGAAAUGAAGAGAGAUGAAAUGAUGCUUGAGCCUUUUAGUCCCCUCAUUUUUAGAGGUGGAGGGGUGGAGGCUGGUCUGUAAUAUAUUGAUGAAAAUGGACAAAAGAGGACUAUAUAUGACAAAGUAAUGGUGAUAAUGUAUUUUCUCUAUUAAAAUGGGAUAAAAUUCUUUUGCUCCAAGCUAUUCUUUCUUGGAUUGCUCCAGCAUUCGCUCUUGAUUUUUUUUUUUAUUAUUACUUUUUAUUCUCCUUUAUUGAGCAAUGCUGUGUUCAACCAAGAUUGAGUUGUAGCGUGAUAUGAACAAACGUUACAUGUCAUCUGCAAAAGCUAGGUGUGGUGUAACGAGCCAUGCGUGGAUGACUGCUUAUAUAAUAUAUACAUAUAUAUAUACAUAUAUUGUGAUACCAAAGCUUGCAUGUUUGGUGUGACUGUUCAUUCAUUAGAGAAGAGUAGUGCAAGAAAUGGAUUGAUGCUGCAUUAAUGCUGCAGAAAGAAAGAUUUAAAGGGGGUCAACCUAAGGUAGGAAGGAGUUAAAAUACCAGGAAUGCUGCUAUGUAUUGUCUCUGUGCUCUCUUUGUUUGCGUUUAAUAGAUUUAUACUGUUUAGAACCGUAUCCAUACGUCACAUGCUGAUAAAGCUACAGCUAUUUGUAGUUUGAUACUAAAUUACAAGUUUUAUUUUGUGUUAAGAAAUUUAAAUGAUCUGGCUUCACUUGGCUACUAUUAAGAUUAGGAUGUUCAUACCCUGUAUGCUGUGUUCUAGCAGCAUUUGUGGUCCUCUUCUCAUAACAAUUUCAUAUGGGCAAACUUGCGUUUAUUUAAUACCCAAGCACACAUUUUGCAGCAUGGCAUAGAAAUAGCCACAUGCGUUAACAAGAAAUUGUUGUUGGGGGAAAAAAGGGUGAGUUGGAGAUGUGAAAUCAAACUAAUUUAUUUUAAAUGACUUCAUAACCUUAUCACUAUAUAACAGUGACCUUCUAUAAUAAUCAUUAGGUAUUUCAUAAAGGUCAAUUUGGUAUUCAGUUUUGUUCCACCUGUAGAAUUAAAAAGAUUCAAGAUAACGGCAAGAUACAAAAUGACCUUUGAAUAUCAAGAUAAUUGCUUUCUCUUUUGGUUAGAUUUUAAGCUGUUAUGAUUUAUACGCAAACGCAUCAUUAAAUGGAUCGUUACUGUGUCUUUAUGCUUCAGGGGAUAGAUUCAUCUGCCAAUUUCUAGGGUAUUCUUUAUAUCCAAUUAUAAUGAAGACAUACAAACUGUAUUCUUAUCCUUGAAGAUAUCCAAAAAAAA